AAAUUAAGGUUAGGUUAAGUUAAGGUUUUGUAAAGUCAAACGUAAUCAAACAAAUAUUUUGUAGUUUUGUGUUACGAUACCGCUAAUAAAUAAAAUAAAAAUUGGUGCUAUUCGGGGACAAUUGUUACGAAUUAUAGAAAACUGAUUAAAUUAAAAUUGCAAGAAUAUAUCGCAUAUCAAUAGAUUGUACAACAAUGAGGUUCGGUAACAAGGGCACAUCCACUUCGAUGGCAUAUUUUUUGAAAAAAAAAGAGUUUCAAAAGAUUCUCAUAACGAAUCUAGGCUUAAAUUCCGCCGAUGUCGAAGAGUUUUUUGAUACGAACAAAAAUAUCCUUAAUAUUCCCCGCCAUCGAUUAAUAAACAAUUGCUUGAUGUGCCAGAAAUACAAUGUCAAUGCAAGUCCUCUGCUAAACUUUCGAUUCUGUCUGAUAUUGAACAGUCACAAACUAGAACAUAGAAUCAAUAUAAUGAAAGACAUAGGAGUGCCAGAUUUGAACUUGUCUUCAGUGAGCAGAAUGGUCCAUCUUUUUCGCAAACAUGUAUCUACAUUCAAAGAGAAGACCAAUAUUCCAAUUGAACAAAACAUUGCCAAGAAUAUAUUUGACAGACUCGGUCGUGAAGUUCCAAGCGAUAUUUCCCAAAUGGAAUCAUUAAGCAACAAAUUGACAAUCCAUCAAUACUACAAGGAAUGUCUCUUGCAUUGCAAAACUCGAGUAUUCAAUCUACCAUAUUUAGAUGACAAGAUAUUGUUGCACGAGUACAUGAAAUUUAAGAGCAUAAGCAUGGUUGCAGAAACAUUAAAAGUACUUAGAAUUAAUCUCGAUUACAAUGAGGAACUGAUAAAAAUGAAUCCUUUCGUCAUCACCGCUUCUGCCGACAACAUCAAGUCACUGUUAGAUGGUUUUACAGAUAUUUGUGGAAUACCAAUCAUAAUGCUUUUAAGGGAACAUCCCCACAUACUUUUUCAAGAUGCUGAUAAUAUUAAGCGAUUACUGAUGUCAUUUAAACGAUAUGAAAUAUCAGAUGAGUAUGUAAAGAAAUACAUGAGGAUUCUCGAAAUGGGUAACGACACCUUUCUUGAGCGAAUGGAGAUGAUAAAACGACAUCCGGAUCUGCAUGUGUGGUGCAAACAUCCUCGAAUCCUACGAAUUAUCGUCCACAAAGAUAUGGCGAAAAAUCGUGUAGAUUAUCUUCGCACCAUAAAUCGCUCGAAAUGGGUUCGUCCUCAAACGGUCCUGUCUAAACCGGCCGACAUGGAAAAAUAUUUAGAUAAUGCCACGGUUCUGUCCAGAAAAGGUCUGAGACAUGUAUUUAUGCAAGAACUGGGAGUGGAUAAAAACGAUCUAUUGGCGAGACAUCCGCAUUGGAAAACGGUCGGAUUUGCCGAUAUCGAGCAAAUGUUUAAAUAUCUGAAGAAGCAUUUUACGAUAAAUGAGAUAUGCCAGAAUAUACACAUUGUACUUUAUAGACGCUCCAAGGUGGAAAAGGUACUGGCCGAUUUGAAACGGCGUUAUUCUCAGAGUACAGAGUUCUCAUUUACGAAUGGCCAGUACCUUGCAUUAUGCCUGUAUAUGCUGGAAAAGGAUACUCAUUUCACAGGCGACGGCAUCUGGAACAAUGGACACAAUGCAAAGGGACAAUAUUUGCUUCCUUUAAAAAAGAGAAAUGUUACAGAAGGCACUGACAAUGAUACUGUACGAAAUAUCAAUGACUAUUUGAAUAAUGAAGAUAGCCGUAAUAUAAAUGAUGAUUUUAAUACCAAAGACAGCAAUGAUAUGGAUGAUGAUAAUGAUUUUGAUGAUGAAGACGAGACAUCUACGACGAAACGGCAACAUACAUGAUAUAUAUUAUUUCAAUUUUAUCACUCUUGAUUUAUUACAAAUCAGUUUUACAUAGAAAUUGAGUAUUGCAAGAUACAAAGCGAUAUUAUUUCGAUUAAGGUCCACUCUUUUUCUAAUACAAAGGCACUGCAUAAGGCAUUGAUUAUUUAAGGUACAGAAAAUAUCGCGUGUUGAAUUAAUAUUACAAAUCUAAUAGUACAUUUUGUGAUGUCUGUACUUUCUUUCAUUAGCCGACGAGAUUCAGAAAAAUCACUUUUCUGAAAUUAUACUUUUUCUUACUUUUAUCGACGGUCGAGAGAAACUGAUAGAAUAUGAAUAGAAUAUUGAUUAUCGUCGCGAGGUGUCGCUCGAAGGCGCUUUUCUCUCUUAGUUAUUUUUUCUUAUUCUGUUUCCUAUAUGUAAAUAAUCACCACGCGUUCGGAUCCUAUUUUAUAUAUUUACGUUUUGAUUUUCAGAUAGUUUUCCGCGAAUUGAGAUGAGAAA